CUACCCGUCUGCUUCCAUCAAUAAUUAUUACUUUCACUCACUUGGUACGUACAUAUAUAGUACAAGAAGAUGGGAGCCCUGAAAUCUUUUGUAAGAACAUGCUCAUUACUUAAAUGCAUAGAGAGAAUGACAGACUAGUUUUCUUCAUUACAUUAUUAAUAAGCUAAACAAAACAAAAAACUACAAAAUAUAGGAUGGAGAUAGAAGGAGCAGAGGAUGGAGGCAAGAGCUGUGAUACAUUGGACCUUGAAAUUGGGAGGAAUAGUACUCAUGUGUCAAAGGGCAAUAAUGGAAUUGGAGAAGAUGAGGAGAAGUGUAUGGGUAGUGAAUAUUUGGCUUGGAAAGGCCUGACUGUGGUGAUUCCGAAUUUCGGAGACGGGCCAACGAAAAGGUUGCUUAAUGCCAUAACAGGUUAUGCUCAACCUGGUAGAGUACUGGCUAUCAUGGGUCCUUCUGGCUCUGGCAAGUCCACUCUUCUUGAUUCUUUGGCAGGCAGACUUUCUGGCAAUCUUAUCCUGACUGGUGAUAUCUUUCUUAAUGGAAGCAAAUCAAGGCUUAACAAUGGUGCAGUUGCAUACGUAACACAAGAAGAUUUGUUGAUGGGAACUCUUACCGUGAGAGAAACAAUAACGUAUUCGGCACAGCUGAGGUUACCCAGCAGCCUUACACGAACAGAGGUAGCAGAAGUAGUAGAGAAUGUGAUAACGGAAAUGGGUCUUGAGGAAUGCGGUGAUCACCUUAUAGGAAAUUGGCACUUGAGAGGACUUAGCGGCGGGGAGAAGAAGAGAUUGAGCAUUGCCUUGGAAAUGCUAACAGAGCCGCGCAUGUUGUUCCUGGACGAGCCCACCAGUGGCUUAGACAGUGCCGCAGCGUUUUUUGCCGUGCAGGUCCUCAAGAACGCCGCGUCCUGUGGUAAAACUAUUGUCUGCUCCAUUCACCAGCCUAGCAGUGAGGUUUUUGCCCUCUUUGAUGAUCUUUGCCUCUUGUCCUCUGGGGAGACCAUUUACUUUGGAGAAGCAGGAUCCGCCGUUGAGUUCUUUACGGAUUCCGGAUCUCCAUGCCCAAGCAGAAGGAGCCCUUCUGAUCAUUUUCUUCGUUGCAUCAAUUCCGACUUCGAUAUUGUCACUGAAACGCUUAUAGGGUCUCAGAGGAUAAAAGAUCCAAGAGAAUCUUCAGGUUCCGCUAUAUAUUUGCCCACGUCGGAGAUCAGGGCAAGGCUGCUUCGCGAAUUCAAAAAUUCAAAGUAUGCAAGCCGCACUAGAGCUAGGGCUCAAGAGAUAUCAUCAAUGAAAGGAGGUGGAAUAGAGGAAUUGGGAGGAAGCCAAGCAAGAUGGUGGAUGCAGCUUGUGACAUUGACUCAAAGGUCAUUUAAAAACAUGUCAAGAGACUUUGGAUAUUAUUGGUUAAGAAUAAUUGUGUAUAUCAUCGUAUCCACUUGCGUUGGCACCGUGUUCUAUAACGUUGGGACCGACCAUAGUGCAAUUCUUGCAAGGGGGGCUUGCGGGGGAUUCAUUGCUGGGUUCAUGAGUUUCAUGUCCAUUGGUGGCUUCCCAUCAUUCAUUGAAGAAAUGAAGAUAUUUUAUAAAGAGAGGAGAAAUGGGCAUUAUGGAGUUGGAUUGUUUAUUCUCUCAAACUUCGUAUCUUCUCUCCCAUUCCUUGCCAUAAUGUCAUUUAGCUCAGCAGCCAUCACAUACAAUCUGGCAAAGUUUCACCCGGGCUUCUUCCAUUUCGUAUACGCCACCCUUGUGCUUCUAAGCUCCAUAGCAGUUGUGGAGAGCUGCAUGAUGGUUGUGGCUUCUUUUGUUCCUAAUUUCACUAUGGGACUCAUCACUGGAGCUGGUCUCAUUGGACUUAUGAUGGCUUCUGCUGGGUUUUUUCGGCUAAUGCCUGAUCUUCCAAGGGUAUUUUGGAGAUAUCCCGUUUCAUAUGUCAAUUACAUGUCAUGGGCUUUGCAGGGAGCGUACAAGAACGACAUGCUAGGCUUGGAAUUCGAUGCCAUUAACCCUGGGGAAUCGAAGCUCACGGGAGAAGUAAUCAUCACAGGAGUUCUUGGCUUAUCAGUGGCGCACUCGAAGUGGUGGGAUUUAGGAGUAGUCAUAGCCAUUCUCAUCAGUUACAGACUACUAUUCUUCAUGGUAUUGAAGUUGAAGGAGAGAGCAUUGCCAUACGUGCACUAUCUCCACACCAAGACGACUCUGCAUCGUAUCAGCAAAAGACCGUCUUUUAGGAAAACGCCUUCUUUUGCGUCCAAGCGACACCACACUGUCAACUCAUUGUCUUCUCAAGAAGGCCUUAGCUCUCCAAUCAAUUAAUUUGCCCCUUUGAAGUUGUAUGGCUAGCCAGUCGUCU